AACUAAGUUUAAUUAAUGGUAAACAACAUUUUGACAUUUUUAUUUUAUGCUUAGUACGAAUAAAAGUACAUCUUUAUUAAAUCACCAGCCCAAAAACUUGCAUUAUUAUAACUUAAAGUGAACUUUUUUCAGGAAACCAUUUAAAUUUACAGUUCAAUUUUAUGGAAGUGGACCGACACAAAUUACAGUAUUGAAAAUCCUUAAGUUAUUUUCUAUGUAGCAAAGUCAAAACUUUAAUCGCAAAAAGAUUACGGAUUCAAAAAUGUCCCUUGCAUCUGCAUUUUCAAAAUUAAAAAAGACAGACAUUUAUGAAUCUGUGGUUUCUGAGGCUGCAAAAGUUUCUUCUGAUUCCGAAGCUGGACCAAGUACAUCAACGUCGUCAGUACCUAAGCCUGCCAGUAGUAACUCAGUUUUAGUCAGCCCAAAGCAGAGGGGCAAUCCACUGCUUAAAUCAAUUAGCAAUGUUCCUUGGGAAUUUGACGAAUCUAUCAUCCCAGACUAUGUUAUGGGUAGGACAACUUGUGCAUUGUUUCUGUCACUGCGCUAUCAUAACCUCAAGCCUGAUUACAUCAACGAACGACUGAAGCAGCUCGGAAAAUUGUAUGAUCUUAGAGUUCUAUUGGUACAGGUAGAUAUGAAGGAUCCACACACCCCAUUGAAGCAUCUGACUAGAGUGUGUCUGCUGGCCGACCUUACCCUCAUGCUGGCCUGGAGUCCGGAGGAGGCAGCCAAGAUAAUUGAGACUUACAAGAUAUUUGAGCACAAACCUCCAGAUAUGAUCAUGGAACGUCAAGAGUCUGAUCCACAUAUCAAGCUUGUGAGUGCCUUGACUUGUGUACGGUCCAUCAACAAGACUGACGCCACCACUCUUCUAACCACAUUUGGAAGCUUGGGUAAAAUAAUCAAAGCCAAUCAAGACACUCUGGGCCUCUGUCCGGGGCUGGGUCCUCAGAAAGCUACCAGGCUGUAUAAGACCCUCCACUUACCAUUCCUUAAGGAGGGAAAAACAGCCGCACGAAAGGUAGGUAUAGCUAAAUUCCUCAAGAGUUAAUUGUUUGUAAUUUUAAUUUUUAAAUAAAUACAUUUUCUAUUUUGUUA